AUGCAAUCCUCACUAUCACUGACCGAGCUUGCUAAGAGCAUUUUGGAAGAUGCUCAAACGUUAGACAGUUUCUUAUCUUCACAUAAUCUUCCCCAGCCUUCCUUUGCCGCUGACGGCGUCAAAGACUUUCCUGUGAGCACCGAGCAUGCCGAUAUCCAUGCCAUCCGACACCGGCUUAUUGAUGCGACAAAAGAACUGCGGGACCUUGUCGUCGGGCCUAAAGAUACCAUUAAAUGGAUGAUCAUGAACGAUCAUACUCUGGCAGCCAGCCUACAUGCUAUUUCUCACUUCAAGGUCGCCCAGGUUGUUCCGAAGGAGGGAUCAAUCUCUUUCGCCGAGCUUGCCCGAGCCACCGGUCUUACCGAACUUGACGUUGCUCGCUUCGUCCGCCGCACAGCCAUCAACCACAUCUUUGUUGAGCCUACCCCCGGCCACGUCGCGCACACAGCCACUUCAGCCCUUCUAUCUGCGGAUCCACAGAUGCAGGCACUAGUUGCUCAUAUGUCCGAAGAGGCCUUUCCUGCAUCAGCUAGGAUAGUUGACGCGCUAGAGAUGUCUAAUGGUAGCGGAGAGCCACGCAACAGCCCCUUCGCCUUGGCCUUCGGGACAAGUUUUUUUGAACGAAAAGUGGAGCAGCCGGAAACAAUGCAUCGAUUCGGGCUUGCGAUGAGCAGCUGGAGUGAAGGCGAUGGGAUCCGGCAGAUGCGCGAUUGCUACGACUGGGCCACUCUGCCUGCGGGGGCAAAGGUCGUGGAUCUCGGCGGCGCGUUGGGCCACAUAUCUCUCGGCAUCGCAGAAAGGUUUGAAGACUUAGAGUUCGUUGUUGAAGACCAAGGCCCCCUAAUGGAGCAGGCGUGUCGUUUAAUAUCCUCGUAUCCAGAGAGAAUCGCAAAGAGGGUGAAAUUUUUGCCUCACGACUUUUUCCAGCCUCAACCGGCAGAGGCCCGGGCGGCAGAUGCUUACAUUAUGAGGUAUAUCCUACACGACUGGUCCGAUACUUCUGCGAAGAAAAUUCUCAAGAAUAUCUUCAAGGUGAUGAGGGAGGAUAGCAGACUAAUCAUCGCCGAUGCGGUGAUGCCACCGGCGGGAGUGCUGCCGAAAUGUCAGGAGGAAGUGCUUCGGAGCUUUGACGUGAGUAUGCUUGCGCAACUGAACUCCCAGGAACGGACACUGGAGAUGUGGAAAGGGUUGAUUGAGGAAUCCGGUGGCGGGCGAUGGAAGAUCACUGGUAUUGUUAGCCCGCCGAAGGGUGAAUCUAUUACGAUUCUUGAGGUCAAGUCCUCCUAA